ACCGUACAGUACACAACACUCACUGGAAUAAAGAAAAUUAACUCUAAAAUAAUCAUGAAGUAUUUACUAUAUUUCGCAGGAGUUGUGCUUUUUCAAAUGAUCAACACUGCGUAUGGUGACAAACAAAUAAUGUUAGCAUGUGCCAAUGAACUUGGAAUACCUACAGAUAUGCUGAAAAAUGGUCUAAAAGCGAAUAUGGGAAAACCAGAAUUCCGUUGUUUUUAUGCAUGCGUUUUCAAGAAAGACGGUAUCCUCGAACCUGGUAAUACUAUAAAUACAGCUGUAUUAAAAACAAAAGCAUCAGAACAUGUUGGACCAAAUAUUGAUCAAGUUGUUCAAGCAGGAGUUGAUUGUGGUGCUCAAUAUAAAGAUACUGCCGAUGAAUGUGACUUCUUCAAUAAUGUAGUAACUUGUUUCAUCAGCAAGGUUCCAGAUAUUCGUAAAAUGUUGAAACCAUAAAACGAAUGAAAUUAACCCUUUAUUCUUCUAAUUGUAUAGAGGAAAUCAAAUUUUUAACAUUAGUUGAGAAAGGAAUAUACACAACGCACAAAGAAAUAAAGAAAAUUUUGUAAAUUGUAUAUACAAUUAAAAAAUUGUAAAUUUUCAUUUCAAUAA